CUUUUUUUUUCUUUUUAAACGCUCAUACUAACAUUGCCAUACCUCGAUGGAACAAACGUUUGUAAAGAUUAAUUAUGGCCUCACAAUAACGUCUUACACACUCUUUGACCGGUAUUGUCAGUCGGAUCUUAUAUUUAAGACCGUUUUAAGUUAUUUUCUGAUGCUCUACGGCUCAUUUCAUUGACUACGAACACCUUAAGACGCAAACUUAUGGCAGUUUUAAACGCAAGAUUCAACCGUGAAUAGCGGUCUUUCAGCGUUUACGAUGCCAGAAAAAACGGUGGAAGCUUAUAAGCCCUUGGAGAGCAUAAGCACCCAAAAAGAACGCAACCUACCUAUUCGAUAUGACAGAUUUCGUAACCCUACAACUAUCGUUCCGUAUCCCUCGAUAACUUCUAUUAACUAAUAAUCGUAACUUUCAUAUAUUAAUGUUCAACACACCAAAAUACAUUAUAAGGUCAUUUUCAGCCUAAUCGGUGAAAAACCCUCCAGCUCGCAACGCAUGCAAACCAACCGAAAUGAGACGAUUGUUUGCGUGAUACGCGGAACCACGCGACCACAAAUAACAGAAAAUUUCGACCAAGAGAAGCGUCUUCAAUAGGACAUCCCGACACACAGCGGGAACAAUAGGUUACAAGUCAGUUUGCGAAGUCAGUAAAAAUCGUGUAAUUUUAUUUUAACAGUUUGACCUUAUUCGAAAGUUAAUGUAAACAAACACCUGGAAUCACAUACAAAGUCAAGUCGUAGAUGAACAUUGCCGACUGAAAGAUGAAUACGUACGAUGAAGUACUCCGAUGAGGAAUUCCGGGAAUUUGUGCGCGGAUUAACUGCGCUGGACGAAAGAAUAAAAAAAAAAAGAAUAUUGAGAGACAAGAAGCUACGGGAAAUUGUGAAGAAUAUCCAGGAAGAAAUGAGGGAAGUCGAAAGGCUUCCGUUAGAGCCGCCGGCCAAAAAGAAAAGUAAAAAUUAUAAACAAAGCGCUGAAAAAAAGAGACGCAAGAAUAAAGAAAACGAAAUGAAAGUAACUAUCGAUAAGCGAGAUGACAAUACAUCCAAGGAAGUAAGGAAGCGAAUCGAUGUAUAUACCAGUUCCGAGGAAGAAGAAAUUGAAGUUGCAGUGACGGACGAACACCUGCGUCGCGAACACGCUGUAAGAAACGAAGAUUACAAGAUAAUCCGAAAAACGAUGGUGAGGAUUGGUAAAAUACACACAGCGACAACGAAGACGACAGUCGCGGUAACAACUAAACCCCAAAAAGACAUAUAUGAAGAGGAAAUGACGGAAAACAUAAAAACACCAAUCUCGCUGGCCGAUGAACUUAGUCAGCAACGAAACAAACGAAAUGAAUCAAGAUGGAAGAAACAAUCCGAAACGCGAAAAAGAGCGAAAAUUGUGGUUGGUCGAAAAUGGAAGUUAAAUGACUUUUUUGGCAUGUAAAAUCCGUAUCCGUUAUCAAUGAGGACACAAGUUAAUGAGGUUUAUAGGAACACAUAGACGGCUUAACAAGAGGGAGGCGUUCAUAGACAAAUUGAGCGUCACGUUGAAACGUAAGAAAUUACAACACCAAAGGAAAUAGAUCCGAAAAAAGAAAAUAACUCCGGAAGAGCGCUUGACCGCGCGGCAAACUAGUGGUAGACAUCGUUAGGGCCCGACACUGAAAGAACUCUAGACAAGCAAGGAAGCAUCGAAAAAUCAAAAGCACUGAAGCAUAGCACCUUGAUGCACAAAUCUUCAAGAAAAAAAUUAAUUAACCGCUCGGCCACAAAGAUACAACGAUCGUGAAGACCACAAGGAAGAUUUAUCAUAAGCCAGGAUUAUACACGCUAAUUAGUGAUUUUACAUUAAGCAAGAUUAUAUUAUUUUGCGUAGUUUUAUAAAUGAUUAUACGAGUGAACCUUC